CGGCUGACAGACGAGACGGGUGCUGCGUUUUCACUCUAGAUCUGUCGCGGCAGGGCUUGCGGGAUCAAACCGUGACCGAAGGUGCAAAGGUUGGGAUCAGAGUGGCUGUAAGGAGGGGCAGGAGCUCUAGGAUUAGGAAACGCAGCGGCCGCACAGCUGCGCACACCUGCGCAGGCUCUGAAGCAGACGGGUGCAAAGCACGCGGACCUGCGGGCUGAGAUCUGCAAUUUGGUGUGGAGCAUCACGAGACCCACACUUUCUCUGCACUUAGGAAUGCCAUGGCAACACCCAGCAAAGACAACAGAGCUCACCAUCGCAACAAGGCGGCCUCUAGCAGUCCCCCAGGGUCGAACAAUGAGCCCAAAGGACCUGAAGGGGACCGUGCAGAACUGGCGGCAGAUGAUUUGAUACAAUGGAAGAGACACAUUGAGCAGGUGAAGGCGGAACUGCUGGAGCAGAUACAAGGUGUACUUGGUGACCUCCUGGACAAGGCCAUCAAAGAGUCCGUGCGGUCCUACUCCAGCCACAGUCGAGUGCUGCCAGACAGAGUAGCAAAUGCAGCGAAAACCAACAGAGACCACAGAAUGGAGGACGGCAAAGUGUUUAUGGCUCGACGCUCGGUUCUAGAUGAACUGUUUGAGAUCAACCACAUCAGGACCAUCUACCAUAUGUUCAUCGCAGCACUGAUGGUCUUUAUCAUUAGCACCUUGGCGGUGGACUACAUUGAUCAGGGCAGGCUGGUGCUGGAGUUUGACCUCCUGUUCUACGCCUUUGGCAAGUUGCCCACUGUGUUGUGGGCCUGGCUCAUCAUGUUCAGUUACACGCUAGCUGGACCGUACCACGCUCUAACCCUGUGGGGAGGACUUUACCACAGCAGCAGCGUCCCUGGAGUUCUGAGCCUGGGAGUCACCCUGCUGCUGGGUGCCCUGCAGGCCUGUGUUCUGGGGGUCUUUCCUAUUUACGUGGUAGUGCGGUACCAGCUGCCCCCAGCGUCCCGAUUCAUCAUCAUCCUGGAGCAGAUCCGGUUCCUCAUGAAGAGCUACUCCUUCAUCCGGGAAAACGUUCCAGUAAUUAUUAACCACAAGCCACAAAAAGGAGAAGCCCCCAAGUUCCCCACCUUCUCCAGUUACCUAUACUUCCUCUUCUGCCCUACACUCAUCUACAGGGAGUCGUAUCCCAGGAAUCCUUACAUUAGGUGGAACUAUGUUGCUGUAACCUUUGCUAAGAUCCUGGGUUGUUUGUUCUAUGCGUAUUUCGUCCUGGUGCGACUCUGCAUUCCAGCCCUUAUGAAUGAGAGCAUCCAGCCCUUCAGCACUCGAACCCUGGUCCUGGCUCUGUUCCACGCCACCCUGCCAGGCAUGCUAAUCCUGCUGCUGGCCUUCUUCGCCUUCCUGCACUGCUGGCUCAACGCCUUCGCUGAGAUGCUGCGAUUUGCCGAUCGCAUGUUCUACAAGGACUGGUGGAAUUCCACGUCCUUUGCAAACUACUACCGCACCUGGAACGUGGUGGUCCACGACUGGCUCUACUACUACGGCUAUCGGGACUUCCUCUGGCUGUCCAGGCGCAGGUUCCGCACGGCCGCCAUGCUCUCCGUGUUCAUCGUAUCCGCCAUGGUACACGAAUAUGUCUUCACCCUCUGCUUCGGCUUCUUCUACCCGGUGAUGUUCUGUCUCUUUGCCGUCUUUGGAGUGGUCUUCAAUUUCACCAUGAACGACAAGCGCAAGAGCCCCGUGUGGAACAUCAUCAUGUGGACGUGUCUCUUCAUCGGCCAGGGUGUGCAAGUGUGCCUCUACUGCCAGGAAUGGCACGCGCAGAUACAUUGCCCGCGUACAGGGAAGAGUUUCUGGGAGCUGGUGAUACCGCGGUCCUGGUCCUGUAACUGAGACAAUGCAUCCACAGAAGGUCCAGCAGCAGCUCAACAUGCAUGUGACCCUUUGGUAUCAAGAGGAUGGUGCGAACCUAGAGCGGCUGCAGGACAAAGCUAUGGAGGUGGACUGGAAGUAGGGACCUGUCUGGAGAGGAGAACAUCGGUGCACCAAAACCACUGCUCUGUCUCAAUGUUGGGAGCAGAAAACUGCGCCCAAGUUGAGUUUUCCACAAUGUUCAAGACAUCUUUUAUCAUCUGUUUGAACAUGAAAGUCAUGAACCUAAUUUGCUACGUAGACAGAUCACUUAUUCUUAAAAUACACUUGAGCAUAUGUAGCUUGAGCAUGUAUGCAAGUGUAGUACCAGCGAGUGUUCUCGACGCGUCUAAUCCGAGUAUUUAUCUUGAGCACUAAGCUUUGACCGCAAACAUGACAUCGGGACAGAUGGCCUCAAAAGUGAUUAUUUAAGAACAAUUUAUUAGAUGCAAUUUUAUUGUACAUACCCAAAGCACCAGUACACAAAAUAAUUGUGAACAUUUAAAAUGCAUCACUGUUUAAAAAGAUUUAACUCUCAAAAAUAGUUAUCCAUAAAGCAGUGCAAUAAAAAGACUUGCUUAAACAACAUGAGUGCCUUAUGUUUAUAACAAUGCUAACAAACAUCGGCAAGUGCAUCUAUGUGCUUUGAUUUAGGAAGAAAAUUAAAAUAAAAGGAAUGGCAUGUUUUGUUUUUUUUUUUUAAUGAAAGGCUAUAUGCAGAAAAUCACAGAUUCACACUGUCCAUAAUGGGGGGGGACACCCAGGGAGCAUAAUCAAGGGAUUAGAGACCAUUUCCAUUCAUAACCGUUUCUAGGCAUCAUCAUCAUCACGUGGAUCGUUCAGUUUAGGACAUAAAUCAGCUUUCACAGUUUCAACCCUGUAACCGCACAUCUUUGAAAGCAGUCCCUUGUCUUAUUUCGUAAUGCACGACGAGUCGAUAACUGGCGGUUAUGAUGGGGGAUUAGAAAGUCACGGGGAAACCUUCACGUUAAAGGUUAAGGGUGGAUGCGAGUGGGGCAAACGAAACAAAAAAAAAAAAAAAAGGCAGGUUGUGCCUGUGUCGCAGAAACGGCUCCGUUUCUGAGGAACAGGCCAGCAUGGAUGCGUCCCCCUCCAUCACGAAGACGGGCCGAGGAAGAGCCACUCAACGGCACGGAUCACGAACACGACGGCGGCGAGCUACCGGGCGGGUGCUCGCGAGUCUAUUCACAGCCCAAAGCGAGUUACACGGAACGACGUUUCACUUCAAGGAACGCGGCUCACAGAAUGACGCCGGGCAGCACUGCGGUGACGAGCCAAGAUAUAAACGCAUCUUUAGGAAAAAACAUUUUGUCAUCUAACACCGAUGGAGUGAUCAAGCAAAAGAAGCAUCCAAAA